AUGGGUGGUUAUUUUUCAAAAAAUUUUCAAGACAAAAUUGGAAUGAAAAAAAAAUCUUCAUCUUCCAAGAGACAAAUUAAUUGUCAAACAUUUUUGGUCAAAAAUAAAAUUUCACGAAAUGAAACCAAAAAUGAGAAUGAAGGAAUAAAAAAAUUUUGUCAAGAUAUCGAGAAUGAAGACGUAGACCGCACCCAUCUCAUACAUUUUUACUUUGGAGUUGUGUGGAAUAGUAAUUUCAAAAGUCCAAUCGAAAAAAUUCUUCAGAAUGGAGCUUUAAUCUUGGAUGUAGGAUGUGGACCUGGGACGUUUUGUACGGAUCUUGCGACAACCUACACAAGAAGCAAUUUUGUUGGAUUAGAUUGGAAUCCUAUAUUUCCUACACAUAUAAAGCCACCAAACGUCUCAUUCUAUAAACAUAAUCUCUUUGAAGGAAUUCCAUUUGCUGAAAAAAAAUUUGAUUUUAUUCAUAUACGUUUCAUGAAACAUUGUUUCAAUGAAAUAGAUUGGGAACAAAAGAUUAUGCCCGAACUAUUUCGUGUACUCAAACCUGGAGGUUGGAUCGAGUUCAUGGAAUUUAACAAAUAUAUUUACAAUAUUGGAACAACUACUUCCCUUGUUUUAGAAAAAUUUCUUGAAAAAAAUAAUUUCAAUUAUUUUCAUAUAAGCCGUCAAAAAUUUCAAGAUAUAAUACAAAUUUAUGAAUCACAAUUAGCGUCAAUAACAAUUGAAGAGAAGAUCAAUACUUGGUAUCCAGUCCAAUCGCUAUCCACCUUUGAUCUUGGUAUGCUUACUGCUUUGUGUUAG